UUGUUGUUGCUACAGACUGAGAAACAGCUAGACUGUGCGUUAGAUUUAAUGCGAAGGUUGCCACCCCAGCAAAUUGAGAAAAAUCUGAGCGACGUUAUCGAUUUGGUGAGUUGACAUAAUUUAUCUUAGGGAGGAAGUAGAUCGUAAGUUACUCAACAAAUUGUCCAAGUGAUGUAGGUGCAUGUCUUAAGUUUUGGAAUUUACUCACAGCGAGUCAACUUCGAGCGUAUUUGCGUAUUUCUUAUAUCUAAUUACUGACUUGAGUGGAUAUGAUUAUCAUCUAAUAUCAUUAAACUUGUAGUAACUGCGAUAAGUGACAUGUUGAGGUAGAUGUAAAAGUGAGGUCUUCAUCUUCAACUGUUUUGACAAACAGCUAUUUUGCCCUACAUGUUGAAUCAUUUACCCCAUUUUAAUGAUCUUUGGCUUAACAAAAUGGAAGGCUAGGGACAGUCUUAUACUGCUAAGAAUACAAGGCAUCUUCUAUUGGUCUCUUUGACAUAAAUGGAUGAUGGUUAGGCAUCAUUGCUAGGCACAAAUGAGCAUUCAAGGCACAUUUUUGUUUUGUCUGUGGGUGACCUGAAUAGGACACUAGUCAGACUACAUAACAGUUUGCUAAAAUCAAAACUGAAAUCUACUUGUUUCAUGAAAAAUGAAUUGAAAUGUGGCUUUUUUUAGAGCUUUGCUCUAAGACAAGGUGCUCUGUUUAUAAGGAAAUCUUCUGGGCUCUUACCAUCUUACCAUUAUUCACCACAAGUUGUAGUAGUCUUUCCUUAUAAUACUUAGUUUGUAGCUUAAACAUCUUAAUCUGACACCAUGUUUGACUCAGCAUUUUUUGUUAAUCCUCCAACUACCAGAAGUGAGUCAGAUCUACUUCACAUUUGAAUAAUCAUUCAGUGAAGUUUUAAACCAGCACUACAAAGUCUCUAACAGCAUUUGAGAUUUAAUUUCAAUUAUUUACAUUUUCUGAUGCUUUCAGGUUCCUGCUCUCUGUGAAGACUUGCUAUCAUCUGUUGAUCAGCCACUCAAGAUUGCUAAGGAUAAAUCAACUGGCAAAGACUAUCUUCUUUGUGACUAUAAUAGAGAUGGAGAUUCCUACAGGUAUAGAUGUAAGACAGACUAUAAAACAUGGUCUGUGUUUGUUAAAGACGUGAUAUACCCUGCAUAAUUAUGCCACACACUGUUAGCACUUGGAGAAGUGAUCUUUGUAAAGUUUUACGUAUGUACUGCAUCAACAACAUCCAAGAGUUCCCUUAAUUUUACUUUGAAUUUUUGUUUUGUUUUUAUUCUUAGCAUUUUUCAUGCCUAAUAAUGUUCCAAUUUUUUUCCUACUGGGGGGACAUGAAGUGAUUUAACAACCUCAACUGGUAGGAGACAAACCUGUUGGCUAUUGGUGAACAUGGUUGAGAAUUUGGCAUUGCAAUUGUAAUGUUGUCAUCACAGGACCAAGCUGCCUCCUCACACCAUGCUAUAUCUGAUAAUAUAAAUUAACCCUCUACACCCUAACAUCAGUAUUUGUAUUCUUAAUACUCUUCUCUAUACAUUUCCUUUGGUAUUGACAAGAAGAAUUCACUUAACAAUCAAAGCUUCAUAGGUUGGCAAUCAUUUUCUUUAUUCCUAUAAUCUUAAUGAAUGAUUCAGCAAUAUUACUGUAAGGAGAAAUUGGAUGUUGGUUACUCUUAGGGUUUUAAGGCUUAACAAAGUUAAACUUGUGAGGCAAACUCCUAUCCUUGGGUUUUUUAGUUUAACAGGUAUUGAAUAUCCGUUUUCUUGUGAAAUAUAGCUGCAGUUAUGGUUCUCUUGUUUUUCCCUCAGAUCACCAUGGAGUAAUUCUUAUGAUCCACCUCUGGAUGAUGGUGCAGUGCCGUCUGAUAGGCUAAGGAAACUUGAGGUGGAUGCAAACACUGCCUUUGAUCAGUACCGAGAAAUGUAAGCUACCUGACAAACUUCUUUUACAUACAUGUAACUGUUUAUCAAGUCAGUUUUCUUGCUGAGUACUCCUGCUGAUAGUGAAUAGAAGUCUGAUUUUUGCAAUUGAGGCAUAGAGCAAAAGAAAGAAUGUUACUUUUCUUCUAAUCCCUCUAUAAACACAGUAUAAAAAUGUGUAAAAAACCUUAUUCACAGUCUAUUCACUUUUCCAACAAUGUGUGCAAAUGACCAGAUGCAAGAGGCAAGGAAGUUGUUUUCCAUAGUUUGCAAUAUUUUGCCUAAUUUUUAUGUUUCACCACAGUCAUUCUAAGCUAGAGCACAAGAUCCUCAGAAAACUUUUCAUUCGUGUGAUAUUUGUGUUCUUUGUAGGUAUUUUGAGUCAGGAGUGUCUUCAGUAUACUUAUGGGACUUAGAUCAUGGAUUUGCAGGGGUCAUCUUGAUCAAGAAAGGUUCGAAGUCUUCUAUAAAUUCAUUUACAUUUAUUUAGGUAGUCUUAGGAGUUGGUUUGUACCAUUUUUACUUACAACCAUUGCAUUUCAUGAUCAGCUGGCCCCAUAACUUCAAUGUAAAUACAUAUAAUGUCACCUAAAUCAAACUGACAACAAAUGUGCUCUGUAUACAGCUUUAAAGUAGCAGCAGAAGUAUUUAGAUCAUGUUUAAAAUGUGCCCUAACAAGAGAAAAUGUUUGCUGUCCAGUACUGUUGUGGCUUAUUCAACAGCUUGUUAUUUUGCCUUUAUUUCAGCUGGAGAUAACGAUAAGAUCAAAGGUUGCUGGGAUUCCAUCCAUGUUGUGGAGGUUCAGGUAUAUUGCCAGUUAGUAACAAACACAUUAACUAAAGCACAAAACUUGUGUAAUGUUAAAGCUGGACUGUGAUUUUUUUUUUAUUUCUCAGGAGAAAAGUAGUGGCCGACAAGCUCACUACAAGCUCACAUCAACAGUCAUGCUUUGGCUUCAGGUAUGAGUAAACUCUACAAGUACCUCUGAUGAGGAAUUUUUGGUUGUUGACAUUGUUUUUGUGGCUCCAUGCCAAGGAUUUGCAGUUUCCUCAGUUUGAGUACUCAUGCUUUUUACCUAAUUUGAUAUUUAACUGAUUCUUUUUCUCUUUGCCUCAGACAAUUAAGAGUGGAUCAGGAAUCAUGAAUUUAGGAGGAAGUCUGACUAGACAGGUAUUAAUGCAUUUAUGAAAAUACAUUUGUAUUACCCAUUUGAUUGUGUUUGUACCAUGUUUGGAGUUGACACACAUGUGGAGUUGACAUGCAUUUGCAUUUUGUACUUAUUCAAAGAUUGCAGCUGGUAAUUGAAUUGAAUGAUUCUAAUGUAAAUUAAGGAAGGUUAAAACCAAGUAAAGGGGGCUGUUUUACCAAAUCUUUUUGAGGCGCUUCAGGGAGACUGGUGUUACUCUGUGAUAUGCUUUUGCCCAGCACGCCUUAUUGGCUUGUUAGCAUGCUUUGUUUCUCUCCAUCUCUAUCGUUAUUUCAUCUUUCUUCUUUGACUAGCAGGGUCUUUUUGGUUCCCAUAUUUUUAAAACUUUAGGCAGAACAGGACACUCCUGUUAAUGAUGCCAAUCCACAUAUUGCCAACAUUGGAAAAAUGGUUGAGGUACUGUUCAUAUUUUCUUUUUUAUAGAAGGUCAUGCUGGUUAAAACCAUAAAAUAUUACAAUAUUAAACAUGUUUAGGGUUGUUCUAGUCUCUAUCUGUUAAGACACCUCAUCUAAUGAGUUACACCUCUUUCAAGCUGUUAUAUAUUCCUUUAAAAGUAAGGUAUGGUCAUCAGAAGUAAAUUUUAUAUAAGGAGGCAUUUGCUAAUUGAUAAGUUUGUCCAUCCCUAUCAACUAUUUGCCAGAUAGUGUAUGACUUUGUGAGGAGAGUUUCUAUUUCAAUUCAGGAUAUUCAAUCCAUAAAAACUGAUACCAGAAAAUUGUAUAGCAAAUCAGUUUCAAUUCCUUGACAAUUCUAAAUACAAGGAAAUGUGUUGGAGCUAGUAACAGCAUGUGUGGGUAUGCAGGUUGCAAUUCUAUAUUGAUCUACUUUAAGCCAUUCAUAUUAUUUUCCUCUUUAAAGGACAUGGAAAACAAGAUGCGAAACACUCUGAAUGAAAUAUACUUUGGUAAAACAAAGGAUAUUGUCAAUUCCCUUAGGUGA